UCCUGGGAGGUCUGUCCACUUGCUGUGUGCCCAUCAUGCAUGGUGUCCGCUGCCAGCUGCUCCUGAGUCUCCUGUCAUUCCUCUGAGCUUGUUGCUUGUCUUUGUACACGGCUCUGACCGCUCCACGGUUAGGCCUUGUCUUUGUACAUCGCUCUGACUGCUCCACGGUAGGCCUGACCCAACUGGUCCUCCUGGGACUCUCUUUUGGCCUCAGAUCUCCAACAGACUUGCCCGCUAUGUCGGCUACGCCCGGCCUCCUGCACCAGGAGCUGUCCUGCCCGCUGUGCCUGCAGCUGUUCGACGCGCCUGUGACGGCUGAGUGUGGCCACAGUUUCUGCCGUGCCUGCCUUGGUCGCGUGGCAGGGGAGCCAGCAGCGGACGGCACUGUCCCCUGCCCCAGCUGCCAGGCACCCACGCGGCCUCAGGCACUCAGCACCAACCUGCAGCUGUCGCGCCUGGUGGAGGGGCUGGCUCAGGUGCCACAGGGCCACUGCGAGGAGCACCUAGACCCGCUGAGCAUCUACUGCGAGCAGGACCGCGCGCUCGUGUGCGGCGUGUGCGCCUCGCUCGGUUCGCACCGUGGCCACCGCCUGCUGCCCGCCGCCGAGGCCCACGCGCGCCUCAAGACGCAGCUGCCCCAGCAGAAGCUGCAGCUGCAGGAGGCGUGCAUGCGCAAGGAGAAGAGCGUGGCCGUGCUGGAGCAUCAGCUUGUGGAGGUGGAGGAGACAGUACGCCAGUUCCGGGGAGCCGUGGGGGAGCAGCUGGGCAAGAUGCGGGUGUUCCUGGCCGCGCUGGAGGGCUCUUUGGACCGCGAGGCAGAACGCGUGCGGAAUGAGGCAGGGGUUGCCUUGAAGCGGGAACUGGGGGGCCUGAAUUCUUACCUGGAGCAGCUGCGGCAGAUGGAAAAGGUGCUGGAGGAGGUGGCCGACAAGCCACAGACUGAGUUCCUCAUGAAAUACUGCCUGGUGACCAGCAGGCUGCAGAAGAUCCUGGCAGAGUCACCACCGCCCGCCCGUCUGGACAUCCAGCUGCCCAUCAUCUCAGAUGACUUCAAAUUCCAGGUGUGGAGGAAGAUGUUCCGGGCUCUGAUGCCAGCGCUGGAGGAGCUGACCUUUGACCCGAGCUCGGCGCAUCCAAGCCUGGUCCUGUCUCCCUCGGGCCGCCGCGCGGAGUGCUCGGAGCAGAAGGCGCCGCCGGCCGGAGAGGACCCGCGCCAGUUCGACAAGGCGGUGGCGGUGGUGGCGCAUCAGCUGCUCUCCGAGGGCGAGCACUACUGGGAGGUGGAGGUGGGCGACAAGCCACGCUGGGCGCUCGGCGUGAUCACGGCGGAGGCGCCCCGCCGCGGCCGGCUGCACGCGGUGCCCUCGCAGGGGCUCUGGCUGCUCGGGCUGCGCGACGGCAAGACCCUGGAGGCGCACGUCGAGGCCAAGGAGCCGCGCGCGCUGCGCGCCCCCGACAAGCGGCCGUCCCGCAUCGGCCUCUACCUGAGCUUCCGCGACGGCGUGUUCUCUUUCUACGACGCCAGCGACGCCGACGCGCUGGUGUUGCUCUUUGCCUUCCACGAGCGACUGCCCGGGCCGGUGUACCCCUUCUUCGACGUGUGCUGGCACGAUAAGGGCAAGAACGCUCAGCCGCUGGUGCUCGUGGGGCCCGACGGCGAGGAGGCCUGAGCCGUGCGGGGCAGGGGCUGCGUCAGGCCAGGAGGGAGCCGGGUGGGGGGAGGUUGCCAGGGCUGAAGACAGGGCCUAGAGGGCUGGGGACGGGGGUCCCCCAGAGUUCUGAGAUGUGGGGGGCUUGGCAAGGACAACCCUUUGGGGAGGGGCUGGGGUGACGUGGGGAACAGGAUCUGAUGGGGAAGGGGGAUCUGAAGACAGGUCAGUGAGGAAAUGUGAGUCUGCGAACCAGGAGGCUGGAGGGUUCCAGGGAGAAACUGAGGUUGAGGGGGGAGGGCCAGGGCCAGGUUCAGGGAGGAUGGGGGAGGAGUUUGUAGCGUGAGGGCCCUGCAGCCGCUCUCCUGGAGGCCUUGGGGCAGGGGCCUUCCUCUUCAUGGUUCUCUGACUUGAGCUUGCAUCAAAAUCACCUUUUAAAAUCAUAGAUGGCUGAGUUUCUCAUUCAGUAGGUCUGGGCCAGGUAAAAAGCGUGCAUUUCUAACACGCUCCCAGUGAUGCGGAUGCUGCUGGUCACAGGGGUAUCACGAGGGAGGACUGGCGACCUAGAGCUCCCCAUUGCUUUACUCAGCUUUCAGGGUAGUCGCAGCAUACAUAGAUCCAAUAUGCUCUUCCUCUCAACAGACAUUUAAAAACUGCCAAAGCCUGUGCUGGGUGAAUAAACCAACUCUCAACUUAUUUCCUUUUGCUUCUGGAACAUGUUUACUGAGUGUCUUGAACACUGAGGAAAUCCCCCAAGUUGCCAACCAAGAGAAAGAGCCUGAUGCGAACCCCACUCUGGGCCCUGCUGCUUGUGGGGAGCAGAAGGCUCCACUAGAUCUCCCAGCUGGGACCUCCCUGAUCAUUCGCUGGUUCAUCCCUUCUUUGGUUUUAGCUCAAAGGCCCAUUUCUUGGGCGCUGGAGUAACCACUGAGGCCCAGAGUGAGAGUCCCUCUUCCCUGGAGGGCAAACCUUCAGGCAGGCGGCCCCUGGCAGCUGCUACCAGUGUGGGGUUUCCUUGGGGGACGGUGGGUUUGGGACUAAAACAGUGAAAGGAAGGUUGUAGGUGGGGUAAGAGAGGCCUAAAGAUCUGGCCCAGGAGGGGACCCCUGAGUGUGUCCCCCAGGGAAGUGUCUGUUGGGCCCUGGCUUUGGGAGAUAGAAGAGAGGAUUCAUUUUGGAAGCUCUUUCAUGCUAGGAAAUAAAACUAUAAAAUAAAAGGAUUGUUUGGUUGUUAAAUCCAAUCCCAUUAAUAAAAACUAUUAUAUUCUGA